CUUCUUUGUCGUCGUAAAACAUUUCAUACCAGCGUUUUGGAUCCACUUAGUGCCUGCGUUAACAAAUGCAGCGAUGCCCCUUUUUUAUGGUCUUUCUCAGGUAACUUCAGCUACUGACUUAGUACACUGACUGCAUCAUGGUUAACCUCUGCUGUCUCUGCUGCGGUGAACUCCCUGAACCCCGCCCCCCUCCUCCGGGAGCAGCGCGGGACUCCCGCUCCGCACAGCAGCAACAUCAGCACCAGCAGCAGCCUGCUGGCUCCGGCCCAGACGCCUCGGGGCUGAGGGGGCCACCAAAGGGGGGAGCGAACGGAGGGGUAUUAGGAGCGAAGCAAGUGAAUAAAAAGGAGUGAGCUUCCAGACAUGCGAAAAAGUGCAGCAUGCUCUCUUCCGAUCAGGACUCUGCGGAGGACGCGGCGGCCAGCGGUCUCAAUGAUGCUGAUGGAGAAGAGGAGGAAGAGGACUCACCGGCUGAGAGUGAUGUCCCGGAGGAGCAGCGUCCAGUCAAGCAGUCCCUGGGUGCUUGCGUCUGUCGGGAGUCCCACUGGCGCUGCCUGGUGCUCUCCCUGCUCAUGUACAGCUGCCUGGGUGCAGUGGCCUGGUGUAAGCUGACCCGGGUCACCAAGAUAAGCUUCAACUCUGCCCUCACCUCCUCUUUAACAUCCUCCUUUACCUCCUCCCUGCGGGGCGCCUCUGGGGUGGGCAUCGGAGGACACGCUAUGAUCUACCACGACAGCCCCUGCUCGGACGGCCUCAUCUACAUCCCCCUGGCCUUCCUGCUCAUGCUCUACGUGCUGUAUAUUGUGGAGUGCUGGCACUGCAGGGCCAGGAGCGAGCUGCAGUGCAAGGCAGACGUGGACAGCGUGUACGAGCGGGUGCUUCGGAUGCAGCGGGCCCAGCCUUGCAUAUGGUGGAAAGCCAUCAGUUACCAUUUUGUCCGGCGGACACGACAGGUGACCCGGUAUCGUAACGGGGAUGCCUACACCACCACGCAGGUGUACCACGAGCGAGUCAACACUCACGUGGCCGAGGGCGAGUUUGACUACAGCCACUGUGGCAUGAAGGAUGUAUCACGUGACCUUAGAGGCCUGGAGAGGCAUCCAGCCACUCGCCUGCGCUUCACCAAGUGUUUCAGCUUCACCGAGGCGGGCCCAGAAAACGAUUACCUCAGCCAGAGAGCCAGGUUCUUCUCUGAAAUCGAAGGUUUGGAUGAUUACAUGGAGGCUCGGGAGGGGAUGCAGCUAAAGAACGUGGACUUCAGAGAAAACCUCUUAGCCUAUGUAGACCCAGACAGGAUGCCUUGGUACACUUCCCAGGUUGCCUUCUGGCUGGCAGCUCUGCUCAUGCUUUCCUGGCCUCUAAGAGUGCUCACGGAGUACCGCACUGCUUACGUGCACUACCGCAUCGAGAAACUGUUUGGGUUGGAGUACACCCACAGCAGCCCCUCCCCUCUAGAUGAAGACAGGCCUGUGGGGAGAAAUAUUAGUUGUGUUAUUCCCAGAGUUGACACGCUGGACAGCACUGAAAUGGAGUGGCACAUACGCUGCAAUCGCCAGGUGAUUCCCAGCUACUCAGAGGCGAUGCUGUUAAACAUGAGGACAGGGGCUUCUAAUUCAUUACAAGACACGUCUUCCUCUAACUGCCUUCUACUGGACAGCAGCCAGACUGCUGAGAGCUACGGAGCUCUCCAAAGCCAGGACGACUGCGAGCAGUGCAGCGAGCUGAGUGGACAAGGAGCUGGAGGAGGCAGGAGGAGGACGAUCACCAGCUCCAGCUGCUCCUCCAUUCUGUCCUGCCACGGAGCGCUGUUCCACUCGCACCUCUCCUUGGACACUUCUCGCUUUUCCCUCUGUCGCAUGUAUGGCUCUCAUAGAGGGAGUCGCAGCAGCAACCUGACGGAGCCCUGCUGCGCGGAUGAGCAGUGCUGCCGGUCGGACUCCAGCCAGCUGGCACUCAGCAACAGUCCACCAACGUACAGAGACGCACACUUCUUUCCUGUUCUCAUUGUGCACCGGUCCGAGGGCAGCGAGGGCGAGAGGGAAGUGAGGCGCUACUAUGUACGAAGGGGGUCAUCCUGUGUGGAGACGGCCUUGUGAGACAGUGGUUAAUAUCAGAUAUGAUGGAGGGUAUGGUGGGGUUCAUCGCUAUGUGGAUAAAAUAUGCACUUUUAGCAAAUUUCACAGUAAGAAGAAAUUAAACCAAAAUGAAACCAAGGGUAUUAUUUUAUUUAUUUUGAAAAAAGUUACAGAUAGCGAUAGCACUGAACUUCAUCCACAUCCUGUAGCUACACCAGAGAGUGUCAUCUUGGAAUUUUCAUGAUGUCUUUGCUGCAUGAUCUGCGCAAUACUGCUAAUUUCAUCAUCUGUUAUUUGCAGAAAUAUUUUCAUUGUGUGUGUGUGUGUGUGUGUGUGUGGGUGAUGUACCUUUAUGGUUACAGAGCGUUGAUCCAUUCGGAGGCACAUGUAAGAAAAAGAGGUAAAAUUUAAAAAGUUGCAUGUUGUUGCAGACCAUUUGAAAAAUUAAGACACGCCAGGUUGAAGCCAAAGACUUUUUUUAUGUUAUUUUUUAUUGAGACCUACAAAAAAUAAUGUGGAACAUGUGAACUGAAGACCGUGAUGUGAACGUCUAAGUGAAAACAAUAAAGGUGUCAAACAGGUGUGAAAAUUCCUAAAAUCCCAAUGAAUUUUAUCACUAGUAAAAUGACUUUUUAAUAAACUGUAACAAAUAUUAUAACACGUGUGGGACCCUCAAAGCACAAGAUGAGAAAGAAAGGAGACAAAACAAGGAAACAAGAUCUGAGUUAAGUUUUUUUUUUCUCUGAUCACAUUGAUCCAAAGCGACAAUGUCACACACUCUCAGACUCACAGCUCACUGGUACGUCUCCCGUCCUUAACUGCAAGGGUACAAACUCUAAAGAUAGAGUUGG